UUGCGCUCUGGAAUCCUUCAACUUUUGAAAUUUAUAGGCAUUUAGAACAACUGCAUAUUCCAAUGUAGGCUGUUUAUUUGUAAUUUUUUCCUAAAUUAAACAAAGAUCAUUCGUAAUGUUGCCGCAUGAUUGACUCGUCUGACGCAGGAUCCACAUUUACAGUUAUAAUAAACCGCAAAUGAAAAUGACUUCUACUCCGUUCAGCGUUGGUUUGUCUGAUGACACUCGGGUGUCGAGCCGCGUACUGCGCCCCCCCGGCGGCGGGCACACCGAUAUCUUCGGCUCGGAGCCCGAGCCUCUGCGUGUGGGACGUCGCCCUGGACCUAAUGCCACAGUUCCAGCGCCGCCCAAAGUAGAGGUCGCAGCGGAGCCGGCAGCCGCCAGCGCGCCCAGCCAGAACGGCAGCUGCGCGCCCCCCGACACGCCCGCCGUCACACCCACCGAGCCCCCCGCGCCCCCUGCGCCUGCCGCGCCCCCCGCGCCCGCCGAGCCCGCCAAGGGCGACGCCCCCCGGGCCGCGCCCGCCAACCCGGAGCCCCCGCGGCGCGUGCGCGUGCCCCCCGGCGGGUUCUCCUCGGGCCUGUGGUAACUCGCGGUGCGGAUGACGUCGCUGGGACCAGGUGUGUACAUUUGUUAGGUUAUUUGGAGCGCGAAGACGCCAGCUGCCUUCCUGCGGCUUCAGGUUAAACUUUGUAUUGUGAUGAGUGUUGUAUGCGGCGAGGGCGGAGAGGUGUUGCAGGUUUAUGUUCUCAGUUUGUCUCAUGUCGGUGAGGAAGAUUGUUUUUUGAAGUUUCGCCGGUCCCAAGCCACUUUUCUCAGCGUGAUUUUGCUUUAGCCCAGUAUAGAGUUGGUUAUUUUAUUCCUCGCAAAGGCAAUUCGUUUUUAAUAUUUACUCUCGAUGUCUUUAAGUACUUUUUAUCGCAUACUAUAGGUUUUAUUUUUUAUUUUAAUACCGAUCGAUGGUCACAGCUUGUGUGGAAUGGCGAAGCGAGCCAAAACUCUAGACUUAUUAGGUUUACUGUCACGUUUUUUAUAAUUGUUAAGGCCAAAAAUUUGGUAUUCGAAGUGUGAUAUUUGGUGUCGUCUUCACGUAGUGCAUUUAUCAGAUAUCGUACAAAGAUUGAAUAUUGUUGAUCAAAGAUUUGACGUGUGUUUGACGCAUCGAUAACACUUGAACUGUUUUAGCAGUAAAUUGUUAAGUGAAGCCUGCACUUUGAGCUUGUAACGGACUGGUGCGUCUCGACUAGGAUGUACUUAAAUAUAUUGUCGCAAAGUGUUGCAAUUGUGUUGAUUUGAUAAAUGUUUUUUGUAAAACUUCGCCGGCAAAUUACGCGAUGUAUAUUAUUAAUAAUAUUUUUAUAUGAACUACAAUAAAUACAUUCAAUUUUA